AUGAAAUACUACAUUAACCGAGGGUGUAAAUAUCAAGGCCGGCGGACCGCAACCCUAACCCCCAAACCCGUUGCCAAGAUUGCGGCAGAGUCUAACUGGUUUCUCCGCUGGUCGUCCAUUGCAACAACAACUUUACCAUGGCUUUAUCCAUAUCUUCAUAUUACCAGUCAACAGCCCUGUAGCCUGAACCCUGGAAUGGGAUGGUGGCCAUUUGGGGCAUCUGGGUCCACUUCAGAUCCAGAGGAUAAGAACUCCAAUGACUCUCACCAUCAUUCAUCCUCCGACCACAAACAAGAAGAACAAAAACAAUCGUUCAUUCCCCCGUUGUUGAUAUCGCACUCUUCUUCCUCCUCGAAAUCGACUACAGAUUGGAAUUCAAGUCUCAAUGCCUUUGACUGGAGUCAAUUCAAAGAACCUCAAAACCUAAUUCCGACUGCCCUCUUGACAGGCGGUAUAUUGUUUGUUGUUUACGUUCAGCGUCGGUACCUGCGUCGCUUUCCCGAAGCUACUGAUAUCACGUCUUCUUAUUUCCGCCAAAGAUCGCUUCUGGGCCGCGUUACGAGUGUUGGAGAUGGCGAUAAUUUUAGAAUGUAUCAUACCCCUGGGGGUCGGUUGGUGGGAUGGGGUUGGUUGCCAUGGAUGAAGGUGCCGACGGCUAAGAAGGAGUUGAAAGAUCGAACUGUUCACAUACGUCUUGCAGGCAUCGAUGCGCCAGAACUCGCUCAUUUCGGCCGUCCAGCCCAACCAUAUUCUCACGAAGCACACAUGUGGCUUACAUCUUAUCUCAUCAACCGACGUGUACGCGCGUAUGUACAUCGACCCGAUCAGUACAAACGCGUCAUCGCAACAGUCUACGUACGCCGGUGGCUAGAUAUCCCUCCCCUUCGACGACGGGACGUUUCGUAUGAGAUGUUGCGUCGCGGAUUGGCAACAGUAUACGAAGCCAAAUCCGGAGUCGAGUUUGGCGGUACCGAAAACGAGCGCAAGUAUCGUGAAGCCGAGAGAUUGGCCAAGAGUCGAAAGUUAGGGUUAUGGAAGGAUUUUUGGAGACAGGGUGGAGUGGAUUUUGAGAGUCCGAGGGCGUAUAAGACGAGAAUGGGAAAGCUGGAAACAUCGUCGGUAGAGUCAUCUUCUCCAGUAGAGAAGAGACCGUCGGGGUUUAUAUCUUUGCUGGUUGGGAGGAUUUGGCCGUUUGGGUCCAAGAAGGAUGGUAAAUAACAUAUACCCUUGAUGUCUGGCUUAUAACCUGAAUGAUUACGCUAGAGUAAUGUAAAUCU